AUGUCGGGUAUUGAAUCUGAAGAAACUUCGCAAACUGAUACUUCGCUAGAAGUUGAUGAAUUAUUAGAAUACAAUCUUCAAACUGAAGGUUCCCAAGCCAAUUCAAAAAAAUAUAAGCGCCGUCGUAAAACAAAUAAAAAAUCUGCAUCAUGCUGGAAAUAUUUUAAAAUAGUAGGAGAAGAAUCAGUAUGUGAUGUAAAAAUUAAAAUAAAUGGAAAGGAAAAGAAUUGUGGAAAAAAAUUUAAAUAUCUUCCCGGAUGGUCAACGACCAACAUGAAUUCGCAUCUUGCAGACGAACAUGAUAUAGCAGAAUUUCAAAAAAACCAGGUAAAUAAUCAACUUCAUGAUUUUAUCUAA